CAGGUAAAUAUGUAAACUCCUGCACUUUUCAGUUUUAGUCUUACUCCUAAGCCUUACUAUUCAAAAUUGGAUGUUCAAAGUUCCCGCGAUUCCGUUCUAAGUCAUGGUGUCUAUGGGACGUCAUCUCUCACGAUCUCUCGUGUACCAGCUAAAGCAGUCCACUUGGAACCGAUUCUUCCUAAGGUCCCACACUAACUUGCACUAUGUAUCCGUUUACUUGGGACAACCACGGGUUCUCGACCACAAACCCAACGCAUAUGAUGGCUUAGACUCCACAAAUCGAAUGAUAACUAAUUGCAUGAGUUAUGAAAGAAACACGGCAAUGAAAAGUAAUCAAUUACAACCCCGAAAAUCCUACAGCCACCACAGGAUCUACAGACCGUAUCAACUGAAGAUCCGUGCUCUUAAAAUAGCCCUGAAGCAACAACGAUCGUUUAGCAAAGAGUGCGAUGAAGAGUGCUAUUGCAAAAAGCUGGAGGAUGAGAACUGCGCUCUGGAACCCCUGCCAAAAGCAAAGCCCAAAAAGAAAUGCUCAAGGAUAUCCAGGAAAAGGAAGCACUUACUCGAGCAAAAGAAAAAAGCGGAGGAGUCUAAAUCACCUCCAGAAACGAAAUGUGAAAAAAACUUAGAUGAAGCUGUUGACGAGCUGAAGUACAGUUGCAUGCUGGCUUCCGAGAAGAAAGACUGCGAGCGCAAGCAGUACAAGGCGCUCUGCGAAGAGUUGCGAAAGGCAAAGCCACAGGGUGAUCAAAAGUCCGUAGAUUCUCUUGUAAAGUGCAUGCUUUCUGGCAUAAAGAAGGCGUGUACUGUGCACGCCGAGAAGCUUGUCUACCAGCAGAAGUUCGCUGAAAAAAUAGCGGCUGAGGAGGCUGAGAGAAAGGAGAGGGAAAAGAGAGAGGGAAAGCCGCUAGACUGCACUAAGCCAAGUGAGGAUGACGAUCUUGGUGGAAAGAACAAGGCCGAGAAGAAAAAGGCCAAGGAGAAGGCCCACCUAAAGAAAUUACUCAAGGAAAUAAAGACCAAGUGCAAGAAGCAGCGUGAAAAAGCUGAGCGUAAGAAGAAAGAGGAAGAGGCGCUCAAUAAGAAAUGUAAGGAAGCAGCUGCUAAGAAGAAAUGCGAGGAACUGGAGGCUAAAAAGAAAUGUGAGGAAGCGGCUGCCAAAAAGAAAUGCGAAGAGGCGGCGGCCAAAAAGAAAUGUGAAGAAGCGGCUGCUAAAAAGAAGUGCGAAGAAGCGGCUGCUAAAAAGAAAUGUGAGGAAGCAGCUGCUAAAAAGAAGUGCGAAGAAGCAGCAGCCAAAAAGAAAUGUGAAGAAGCAGCAGCCAAAAAGAAAUGCCAGAAAGCACCACCGAAAAAUAAAUGCGGAGAAUCAGCGGCCAAAAACAAAUGUAAAGAGGCAGCUGCUAAAAAGAAAUGUGAGGAAGCGGCUGCUAAAAAGAAAUGCGAAGAAGCGGCUGCUAAAAAGAAAUGCGAGGAAGCGGCUGCUAAAAAGAAAUGCGAGGAAGCCCAAGCUAAAAAGAAAUGCGAGGAAGCCGAGGCUAAAAAGAAAUGUGAAGAAGCUGCUAAAAAGAAAAGCGGAGUAAACGAUGCAGCUGUGAAAAAGUGUGAGGCAGAUAAGAAGAAGAAAUCCCAAGAGGCGGAGAAAAAGAAGAAAAGCGAAGAAGCCGCGCUUCAGAAGAAAUGUGCGGAGGCCAAGAAGAACAAGGCAUGUGAAGCCGAGAAAAAGAAAAAUUCUGAAGAAUCCGAACGGAAGAAAGACUGCGAUCUAGCCAAAUUCAGAAAAAGAUGUGAGGAGCUGAGGAAAAAGAUUGAAGAGGCAAAAUGCGAAGAAAAGAAAGUCAAGUAGGCACCCAUAGUAAACCAAUGCCAUCCGAAGGAAAAGCUUACGGAGACGUGGGAGAUGAAGUCCCUAUCUUUAAUAUAGUUAAGCUGUAAUAAAAUUCAAUAUGAUAGCGCUUGAUGAUGAUAUCGUUGCUUAAUAAA